GGUUGUCAGUCCAGUUGCCGGUAUUUCAUGGCAAACAAGAUGAAAAUGUUAUGACUUGGUUACUCCAAGUUGAUUUACUGUAUAAGGCGCGCAAGAUUGAAAAUGAAGAACGCUUACAAUAUAUAAUAACUGGAUUAAAGGAUGCGGCGCUUCAGUGGUAUCUCAAUAAAGUUCAAGCUUAUACCGACCAGACGCUAUUUGAAAGUUGGAAGGAUUUUUCUAAAGAAAUAAAACUGGCGUUUCAACCUCCACAACAUCAACAAUAUUUGAGAAACAUUCUUGGUCAAGUGGAAAGUAUGGACGAAGCCGAUAAGAUCCUCUAUUUUACGGAAGGGUUAAAAGCAGCCACCAAAGCUGAAGUUAGUUAUCGGUCGCCGGAAAAUUUGGAGGAAGCAAUUCGCUUGGCGACGAC